AUGAUUCUGGAGUCCCCCUGGUUCGAUGCAUGUAUCGGCGCAGUCAUCUUCAUCAAUGCUAUCGCUAUUGGCGCAGAGCAGGCUCUUGACCUGAAUGGGGCUGACAUCACGCCAUUUGUAGUAUUGGAGCAUACCUUCUUGGUCAUCUACGUGCUGGAGCUGAUCGUUCGUUUCCUGGCCACGUCCGGCAAAUGCCUCAGCGACAAUUGGGUCAAGUUCGAUUUGUUAUUUGUCGGCAUCGGCGUCAUUUGCUUGUGGAUAGUGUCCCCGAUCGUCGGGGACGUGGAUGAACUGGAGUCCUUCUACAUGCUGCGACUGCUUCGCCUUCUGCGGCUGGCCCGAGCUGUGCGGCUGAUCGCGCUGUUCCGAGAUCUUUGGAUGCUGGUGCAAGGUAUGUUGGUCUCUGCGCAAACAAUGGUGUACACGAUCGGGCUCAUCGCUGCGAUUUUGUAUUUGUUUGCGGUUGUGUCGAUUGAGGUCAUCACCAAGAACGAUUUAGCGGAUCCAGAAAGUGGUGAUCCAACAUUCCAGAGCGUCGUCGAGAAAAAUUUCAAGGACCUGCCGCACGCAAUGCUGACGCUGCUGCAGUUCGUUUCAUUCGACAUCGGUCGCGGUGGCGGAAUGUGGUUGUCAUCUACGAGCCUUUGA